GGCGGGCGCCUGGCCUGCAGCGUCCAUCGGCAGCAGUGAGACGGCACCUGGGAGAGGAGUCAAUAUUUGUAGACCUCUUAGUAAAAACGGCUGCAGCUGACCGGGCCAGCCCUGAGCCCGGAGCACCGUGGAUGGACCCCUUCGAGGACACGCUGCGGCGGCUGCGGGAGGCCUUCGCCUCUGGGCGGACACGGCCGGCAGAGUUCCGGGCGGCGCAGUUGGAGGGCCUGGGCCGCUUCCUGAGGGACAACAGGCAGCUGCUGCUGGACGCGCUGGCCCAGGACCUGCACAAGUCCACCUUUGAGGCAGAGGUGUCUGAGAUCGCCAUCAGCCAGAGCGAGGUCGACCUGGCCCUCAGGAACCUGCAGGCGUGGAUGGAGGACGAGAGGGUGUCCAAGAACCUGGCUACGCAGCUGGACUCGGCCUUCAUCCGCAAGGAACCCUUCGGCGUGGCGCUCAUCAUCGCCCCCUGGAACUACCCCCUGAACCUCACGCUCGUGCCCCUGGUGGGGGCCAUCGCGGCAGGGAACUGUGUGGUGCUGAAGCCCUCGGAGAUCAGCAAGAGCAUCGAGAAGGUCCUGGCCGAGGUGCUGCCCCGCUACCUGGACCAGGGCUGCUUCGCGGUGGUGCUGGGCGGGCCCGCGGAGACCGCGCAGCUGCUGGAGCAGAGGUUCGACCACAUCUUCUUCACAGGGAGCCCCAGUGUGGGCAAGAUCGUCAUGGCCGCCGCUGCCAAGCACCUGACGCCGGUCACCCUGGAGCUGGGGGGCAAGAACCCCUGCUACGUGGACGACGACUGUGACCCCCAGACCGUGGCCAACCGGGUCGCCUGGUUCCGGUACUUCAACGCCGGCCAGACCUGCGUGGCCCCGGAUUACGUGCUGUGCAGCCCCGAGACGCGGGAGCGCCUGCUGCCCGCCCUGCAGAACGCCAUCGCCCGUUUCUAUGGCGACGACCCCCAGCGCUCCCCCAACCUGGGCCGCAUCAUCAACCAGAAGCAUUUCAAGCGGCUGCAGGGACUGCUGGGCUGUGGCCGCGUGGCCAUCGGCGGCCAGAGCGACGAGAGCGAGCGCUACAUCGCGCCCACCGUGCUGGUGGACGUGCAGGAGACGGAGCCAGUGAUGCAGGAGGAGAUCUUCGGGCCCAUCCUGCCCCUGGUGAGCGUGAGGAGCCUGGAUGACGCCAUCGACUUCAUCAACCGUCGGGAGAAGCCCCUGGCCCUCUACGCCUUCUCCAACAGCACCCAGGUGGUCCAACGGGUGCUGGCCCAGACCAGCAGCGGGGGCUUCUGCGGGAAUGACGGCUUCAUGCACAUGACCCUGGCCAGCCUGCCCUUCGGAGGAGUGGGCAACAGUGGGAUGGGCAGGUACCACGGGAAGUUCUCCUUCGACACCUUCUCCCACCAUCGCGCCUGCCUGCUACGCAGCCCUGGCAUGGAGAAAAUCAACGACCUUCGCUACCCUCCCUACUCUCUGCGCAAUCUGAGGGUGCUGCUGGUGGCCAUGGAGGAGCGCCGAUGCAGCUGCACACUGCUCUGAGCCCACAGGUGUGGGGCAUCAGGUGCCGGAGAUGUGGGCUAGGGCACAAGGAGACGCCCAGGUGACAGAGCAGCUUGGUCAGCCCCCACCCUCCCGGGGGACUCCCUUUUCUGGCCCUCAGCUGCCUGCUAAUGAGGACAGGCUGAGGACAGGAGCGUGGGAACAGUGAGUGACCUGUCCCCUGUCAUCCAUCAUGUCCUGGGAAGAAGAGGGCAGAUGUGACACCUCUGAGUCACCCACCUUCCUGAAGAGGGUGCAUCAGAGGAGCCCUGGCUUCAGGUCCAGGCCACAGCAUGGAACCUGUGUGAACAGGUCAUCACUGUCCUCUCUGAGCCUCAGCUCCCCACCUGCAGUGCUGGCGGGGAUGAUCAGUGGACAUCUCUGGAGACUGUUACACAGAUUAAAUUGGCCAGCUGCUGUCCUGGA